ACAAGGAUCUCUACAAGGACGUCAUGAUGGAGAAUCAGCCGCCCCUCACAUCACCGGGUAAGAGGAGACUUUAUUAUAAAGAAGACAACAGUACAGAGGGUCCACCUAGAUCCCCCAUCAUCUGUCCCUUUUCUCUGUAUUCCCGGGAUUCCACACAGGAAGAUCACACCAUCCCUCACCAUCAUCGGGGUGAAGAACUAAAAAACCUCAAACCUGAGAUUAAAGCGGAAGAAGAAGAGACAUUGAUAAGUGGAGCUCAGCCGUCUUUGGAGGAGGGAGGUCCUCUGUAUUCCCGGGAUUCCACACAGGGAGGUCACACCAUCCCUCACCAUCAUCAGGGUGAAGAAAUGAAAGACAUCAAAGUUGAGAUUAAAGGGGAAGAAGGGACAUUGAUGAGUGGAGCUCAGCAGUUUAUGGAGGAGGGUUGUCCUCUGUAUUCCCCACAGGAAGAUCACACCAUCCCUCACCAUCAUCAGGGUGAAGAACGGAUUAAUAUAAAAGCUGAGGUUAAAGAGGAAGAAGAAGAGACGUAUGUGGGGGGUGAUCAGCCGUCCAUGGAGGAGAUUGAGAUGAUUAUGAAGCGGGAACAGGAUGAAAUUUCUCCACCUUUCGACACAACUGGAUGUGAUGUGAGGAAUUCCUCGGAGAGACAUCUUCUAUUAUCUGCUGAUUGUAAGUCAGAAGAGAUUGUCAUCACACAGGAUCCUCCAGGAGGAAAUCAAAAUAUACAUCACAGACCUUCCUGUCCGGAGACAUCAAUGGAUCCCUCUGAUCAGGGGGUAUCUUCUCAUCAAUCACAUACUAUGAUUGUAAAUAUCCAUGCAAGAUCUCACACUGCAGAUAGAUCAACAGAUCCUUCUAAUCCCGAGGAAUCUUCCUCACCCAAUGAAGGAGAUCACAGAGGUGACAAUCUAUUCUCAUGUUCAGAGUGCGGGAAAUCUUUCACUCAGAAAGGAUCACUUACUAGACACCAGAAAAUUCACACGGGUGAGCGUCCUUAUUCAUGUUCAGAGUGCAAGAAAUCUUUCAUUCGGAAAGAAGCACUUAAUAUACAUCUGAAAACUCACACAGGGGAGCAUUCUUAUAUAUGUUCAGAGUGCGGGAAAUAUUUUAAUCAUAAAGGAACACUUACUAUACACCAGAGAAUUCACACGGGUGAGCGUCCCUAUUCAUGUUUAGAGUGCGGGAAAUCUUUCACUCGAAGAGGGGCCCUUGUUGAACAUCAGAUAAGUCACACAGAUAAAUUUUCUUAUCCAUGUUUAGAGUGCGGGAAAUCUUUUACUCAAAAAGAAGCCCUUUUUGAACACCAGAAAAGUCACAUUGGUGAGCAUUGUUUUUCAUGUUCAGAGUGCGGGAAAUCUUUCAUUCUUCAAGGAGCCCUUGUUAGACACCAGAGAAUUCACACAGAUUAGCGCCCUUAAUUAUGUUCAGAGUGCGGGAAAUCUUUUACUCAGAUAGAAGGUCCUGUUAGACACCAGAUAAGUCACACAGUGGAUCAUACUUAUUUAUGUGUAGAGUGUGGAAAAACAUUUCACUCUGAAAGGAAAUCUUUUGAAACACCAGAGAAGUCACACAGGCGAGUGUCCCUAUUCAUGUUCAGAGUGCGGGAAAUCUUUUACUCAGAUAGAAGGUCCUGUUAGACACCAGAUAAGUCACACAGUGGAUCAUACUUAUUUAUGUGUAGAGUGUGGAAAAACAUUUCACUCUGAAAGGAAAUCUUUUGAAACACCAGAGAAGUCACACAGGUGAGUGUCCCUAUUCAUGUUCAGAGUGCGGGAAAUCUUACAUUUGUAAAUAAAACCUUAUUAGAAACCAGAUAA